UCCAUUCCUUCCGCCGACAGCGCUUGAACGACCUGAAACAAUGCCUAUUACACUUGAAGGCAGCUGCCAUUGUGGUAUUGUGCGAUUUGCAGUAGAAAGCAGCACCCCUGUCCCAUAUCAACUAUGCGUAUGUUCCAUCUGCCGCAAAGUAGGUGGUGUUGGCGGCUCGAUCAAUCUCGGUGCACAUUCCAAAACCUUGAAUAUCACUGAAGGUAAAGAACAUAUUGGGGUAUACAAGGCUGUGAUGGAUAAGGAAAAUCUAGAACAACAUAUCGCCUCCUCUGAGCGCAAUUUUUGCACGAAGUGCUCUUCUAUGCUCUGGCUUUAUGACGAAACCUCGCCAGAAUUGUUGCAUCCUUUUGCAUCAGUUAUCGACUCCCCAGAGCUAGAGGCACCGGAUGAGCUUGUUGUUGUUAAAAUGAACUCAAAACCUAACUACGUGCGCCUUCCAGAGGGAGGGAAGAAGGUGUUUAAGGAUUACUCCGGUGAUUCCAUUGAGAGCUGGCAUAAGAAGCACAACAAGUACGUGGAGUGAAAUAAUUACUCGUGAAAGAGUGGAAAUCUGCUCUCAACACUGGAGAGAGAGGCAACCGACGAGUUGGCAGAACAAUCGGUAUGGCGAAGUGGUACUUUCGUUCCUUGUAUUGUGAACAUAAUCCAGUAAUGGCACAGAGGGUAGCCGAGAUGCUGUGAUG